AUGCAACCACCAGAACGCGUCGUUGACAGAGGAAUUGAUGCAAUCAAAAGGUAUUUUGAAGCCUUAACUGACACCGAGGCAAUUUUGUCCAGUAGAAUACAGGUCAACUUGCUUGGAGAAACAGAAGCGGGAAAAACUAGUCUCUCUCUUACACUGCAAACAGGAAGGCCAACACUCACAGAGUCAGCAGACAGAACAAGAGUGGUGGAACAAAGAACAUGGCAGUAUGACCAAGAUAUUGGCUUCAAUAUCAAUGACUUUGGUGGACAUGGUGUCUACAAAAUUGGUCAUCCCAUUUUCAUUUCCAAACGGGGCUUAGCCCUCAUCACAUUUGCCCUAUCAAAAUAUGAUAUAGAAAAUAAGGCACAUUAUCAGCUCUACAUUGGAAACUGGAUUGACAAGGUACAAGCACAAAUGCCAGGUAUAAAGAUGGCAAUAGUGGGAACUCAUAUUGAUCGUGAUGAAACCUAUAGUGAAAAAUGUUCUAUUAUUAAAAAACAAUUUGAAGACCACAGGCAGAGAAAACACAAAUGGUAUGAGUCUCAAAUAAAGAGCAUUGAGAAAAUCCUGAACACAGAUGGAAUUCAAACAUCUAUGCUUCAAGCCUAUGAAGACAAGAAGAGUAAACUGAUGACCUCACAACACCAAGUCAUUGACAUCCAUGAUGACAUUUUCGCAGUGAGUUCCAAGACCAUGGAGGGAAUUGAAGAACUACAAAACUACCUUACAACUGUUGCAAGAGAGCGUGUUGUUGUUUUACCAGAAAUGUGGGUUGAUGCUGCCAAGAAUAUUCGCAUCAAGAAAAAUGAAGGCUUUGACAAUACACUAGACUGGGACAAGACACAAGACAUCAUUCUACAGUCUGCCUCAGUAUCUUGGAGAGAGAAGAACACUUCCAAAGAAGACCUUGAUUUGGCAACAUGUGAUAUUUUAAGUUUUCUUGCUCAUCGAGGUGACAUCAUUUGGUUUGAUUCAAGCCCUACUCUGAAGAAAGUUGUGUUUCACAGGCAAGAGGUUCUUACAAAUGUUCUCAAAGCAGUCCUCAAUCACGAUAGUGAUGCUGUUAGGUUAAAUCUCCAAGAGACCAUGAGAAUAUCUGAACUUAAAGCAAAGAAAAUCCACGAUGACAUUGUCAGCAGAGGCAUCAUUUCCAGAGAAGCAAUGGACUGCUUAUGUGAGCCUUUCAGCUUAUCAAGCACUGAAGCUGAUGUCAUGGUAGAACUAAUGCAAAAACUGGAGCUUUGCUAUCAAGUCCAGGAGAACCCAUUGGUUCCAUCCAGCAUCUCAUUCCACUUUCCAUGGCUUCUUACUCUGGAGAAACAGCCGGAGUUAGAUGAAAAAUGGCCUGGCAAAGUUCCCACAGGAUCCAUACAACUAACCCUGCAGAUCAAUUUUCCUUACAGAUGUCCAGAAGGCAUAUAUGAAAAAUUAUCUGUUCGUCAGCACAAGCACCUUGGACUUUGGAAGACCAAGCGAAUUGACUGGCAGGAUGGGGUGUAUGCAGAAUUUCAAGGAAGCCAAAUGCAGAUUUCUAGACAGGAAAGACAUCAACAACAUGAUCCUGACAUCAGUGCUACAGACAGUAUCAUCACAAUAGCUGUACGUGGAUCAAGACCCAAACUUUCAGAGAUGUGGUCAGUUCUUUCUCGAGCCCAUGGUGACCUCAUGGAUAUCAUCAAAGAGGACUGGCCUGGGGCAUCCUAUGACAAAUUUUUGGUGUGUCCACACUGUGUCAAUGAGAAUCCAGCACUCUUUCCAUCAGAGGCUCAAAAUGAAGGCCCAGAGGAAGUGCCAUCCACAGGAGGAUUUGGGGAGAUGGCACCGAUGCUUUUUCCAGGAGAGAUCCUAGAUCUAACCCGCCUGCCUGAUGGGGUCUCCAAGCCAAGACAUGUGCCAUGUGUCAAUACUGGUGUCUCCAUUCUUGCAGACUUGGUCUACCCACCACACCUGACAAUGAGCUGGCAGGAAGGUGUCCACAAUAACAGAGAUAAACUGAAGCAAUACAUCACAGAACCUUGUCUCUUCGACAUAAUCAAUGUCUUUAUCCAAGAACGCAUCUUUUCAUACCGUGAGUCUGAAGAGAUAAAGGAAUCUCCUGAAAAAAUUGCUGUCUUCUUGGACUUCCUGACCAAGACACCAGACAGGGCACAUCAAAUACUGUGCGAGUGGCUAGAGGAGCAAGGAAAAACUCAUAUUCUUGAGCUGAUUCAGUAA